CUCCGUAAUUGGAUCACAAAGAAUAUUGAGCAAAAUAGAUACAGGUUUAUAUAUACUAAUGUAAAAUGUUCAACACCAACAAACAAACAAAGUGAAUAUGUCCACAAUUUCACAAUGACAUGGUUGGAGUGUAACACAAAACUUGUCACUAAUAUCUCAACAGUGAGUGGAAGUUUGAUUUUAUUAGUCACAAUUGUGACCCUUGUGCUACUGAGACAUUUCUGGAAGGACAUCCAAUACAGAAAAAUGGUCAAGCUUGCCCGCAAACAUGAACAAGAUGUAAAUAUAGAUGGCCUUCUCAUCGAACAUGAUGCAUUUGUUAGUUACCAUUCUGAAAAACAAUUAUGGGUUGAGAGAGACUUAUGUAAUGAACUAGAGAAUGGAUUAGACAUCCAAUUCAAACUUGUUUAUGAUGACAGAAUCAUGCCUGGUGGUUCGUUGUUUACCUCACUGGGAAUGGCAAUACACAAGAGCCGGAAGAUCUUAUUUGUGGUGAGUCGUGGUUGGGUGAAAGAUGGCAUGAAUCAAUUUGAAGUUGACAUGGCUUUGGCCAAACUCCUAGAUGACCACAGGGACAUGAUCAUAGUUCUACUUAUGGAACAUAUCCCUAAGGAUGAGAUGCCUGACAAAGUGAAGAUGAUUAUAAAACACAACAAUUGUCUCAGAUGGAGCAACAAUGUGAAGAAACAAGCCAAGUUCUGGAGGGAUCUCAAACUGGAGCUGGGGAAGCAUCACUUUGUGUUACCCAUUCAAGAACGUAAUAAUUAAACAAUGACAAUGAUACAACAUUUGAAUUUACAUGUAUAUAAUUACAAAUUAGAAGAAAGAUUCUGCGAUGCAUCACAUAUUUUAAUACAUAUCCCACAAUGACUGGAAUCUGUACACCAAAAAUAACUCUUCACCUUUUGAUUUACACAAUUGGGAUGCAUUCAAAGUGAUAUUUGAGGGAUGGCCAUAAAGUUCUCAUAAUAUCUCUCUUAUCGUUUAAUUUUCAAUAUAUUUUUAUAAAAUUGUCACACUACACUUAAAGUGUACGCCAAAGUUUAAAACUGCGCAGGCGCAGCGCUCUCACUAACCUAUAUAAAGAGAUUACAAGGUACAGGCUUCAGAGGUAAGUCAGGAAGGUGAACAAU